GCCCUCCCUGGGCGCAGGCGGGGAUCUCGAGGCCCCUCCGGAGUCAUGGGCACAACUGUGGCUCUUCCGCUUCCUGGUGAACGCCCUGGGCUAUGCCAGCUUCAUGGUUCCCGGCUACCUCCUGGUGCAGUACUUCAGGCGGAAGAACUACCUGGAGACAGGCAGGGGUAUCUGCUUCCCCCUUGUGAAAGCCUGUGUGUUUGGCAAUGAGCCCAAGGCCUCCGAUGAGGUCCCCCUGGCUCCCCGGACAGAGGUAGCAGAGACCACCCAGAUGUGGCAGGCCCUGAAGCUGCUCUUCUGCGCAGUGGGGCUGCAAGUGUCCUAUCUGACUUGGGGUGUGCUACAGGAAAGAGUGAUGACCCGCAGCUACGGGGCCACAGCCACAUCGCCUGGUGAGCGCUUCACAGACUCGCAGUUCCUGGUGCUAAUGAACCGUGUGCUGGCGCUCCUCGUGGCAGGCCUCACCUGUGUCCUCUGCAAGCAGCCUCGACAUGGGGCACCCAUGUACCAGUACUCCUUUGCCAGUCUGUCCAAUGUGUUCAGCAGCUGGUGCCAGUAUGAAGCUCUCAAAUUUGUCAGCUUCCCUACCCAGGUGCUGGCCAAGGCCUCCAAGGUGAUCCCUGUCAUGCUGAUGGGGAAGCUGGUGUCACGGCGCAGCUAUGAGCACUGGGAGUACCUGACGGCUGGCCUCAUCUCCGUUGGGGUCAGCAUGUUCCUGCUUUCUAGCGGCCCAGAGCCUCGCAGCUCCCCAGCUACCACACUCUCGGGUCUCCUCUUACUAGGUGGCUAUAUUGCCUUUGACAGCUUCACUUCCAACUGGCAGGACGCUUUGUUUGCCCACAAGAUGUCAUCCGUGCAGAUGAUGUUUGGGGUCAACUUCUUUUCCUGCGUCUUCACAGUGGUCUCACUCCUCGAACAGGGUGCCCUCCUGGAAGGGACCCGCUUCAUGGGGCGGCACAGCGAGUUUGCAGCCCAUGCCCUCCUGCUCUCCAUCUGUUCUGCCUUUGGCCAACUCUUCAUUUUCUACACCAUCGGGCAGUUUGGGGCUGCCAUCUUCACCAUUAUCAUGACCCUCCGCCAGGCCAUUGCCAUUCUCCUCUCUUGCCUGCUCUAUGGCCACACUGUCACUGUGGUGGGUGGGCUGGGGGUGGCUGUGGUCUUUGCUGCUCUCCUGCUCAGAGUUUACGCCCGGGGUCGGCUAAAGCAGCGAGGAAAGAAGGUUAUGCCUGUUGAGUCCCCUGUGCAGAAGGUUUGAGAGCCCAAGAGUUCAUUGACAGGACUGUUUUCUCUGGCCUCUUUCACUCUAGCUUCCCAGAGGCCUUGACUCAAAGGUAGUCAUGGUUUUCAGUACCAGGAUGGCUCUGCAGGUGGGCUAGGACCCAGCAGGCAGUCUCCCUUGCCUUAAGCCACCUGUGCCACAUACAGGUGUCCUGUGGCAGUUGCUUUCCAGAUCAAGUCUGGACCAGCUGUGGGCUGCCACCAGUCCUGACCUGUGCUGGUCCCCACCUGGCUACUUUCCUUUCAGACCUCACCUGACUUGCAUUUCUUACUCUGGUGAGAAGAGCACAAGUGUUGCAGACUUCAAAUGCUGCUUCCUAGGGGUACAGAAGAGGACUGUGCUGUGCUGGGAAGGGGUGGGAACCCUGCCCAGUGCUUGCUGCUGUGCCCCUGGGCUGAGGCCCUGCCUGACAUGGGUACAGGUUUUGGUACUCUGGAAAUGUCACAUUUUACUCAUUUUAUUAAACUGCUGCAGUGGACUUGG